AUGGCAGAGGGCGAAGACGACGGCGACACGACGCUUCUUCGGCUUCUCAAGACCACCUGGGAGAGCGCCCUCUUCGCCGUGCGCGCGGCGGUACUCGUUUUCACGUUCACGUUCCUUACAUGGCUGUACUGCCGACUGACCACCAAGCAAUGUAAGUGCACCACGCGACUGGAGGGCAAGACGGCGCUGGUGACCGGCGGAAGCGUGGGAAUCGGCUACGAGACGGCCAAGGCGCUCGCGUGUCGAGGCGCCCGAGUAAUCUUCACCUGCCGCAACAUGCAGGUUGGCAAGCAGGCGCUAGCCUCCAUGAUCGAGGCGAGCGGCGGCGGCGACAUCGUGCUCAAGCAGCUCGACCUCUCUUCGCUGACCUCGGUGCGGAGUCUGGCGAAUGACAUCCUCGCGAACGAGCCGCGACUCGACUUACUCGUCAAUAACGCCGGUCGCACGGCGCCCUUUCAGCGGACGCUCAGCGUCGACGGAUUAGAGACGACCAUACAGAGCAACCACUUGGGACCCGCGCUGCUCACCGGUCUCUUGCUGGACCUGCUGAAGCGCUCGGCCCCGUCGCGCAUCGUCGUCGUCUCGUCCAUGGUGCACGCGUGGGUGCACCUGGACCCGGACGACCCGUUCCUCGAGCACCACUACACGCAUAGCCGCGCGUACGGCCUCUCCAAGCUGUACAACCUGUACUUCGCUCGUGAGCUGGCCGGCAAAUUGCGCGGCGAACUGGUCACCGUCAACGCACUCCACCCGGGUAUGGUCAAGUCGCGCUUCUUCCGCGAGCAGGCCACUACAUACUUCUCGAAGUUCCUGCGAUACGUCGUCAUACCCUUGUUCGGAAAGUCGCCUUCGGAGGGUGCGCAGACGAGCAUCCACCUGUGUCUGUCUCCGGAGUUGACACACACGACGGGCCGUUACUUCAUGGAGUGCCGCGAGACGAUGCCAGCUGAGCAUGCGAUGGACCCAGUGCUCCAGCGACAGGCCUGGGAUAUUACCGAAAAGGCCCUCAACGUGCGCCUUUGCAGCUGAACGGCGGCUCGGCAGCGAGAGCUUCGCCAUCUGCUUGGCUGUUAGCGGAAUUACAAAAUUUGUCGUUCUAAUUCUGUUACGCAGUGGAUCGUUUUCAAUACGACAAUUCGGGGCAAGGAGCGAGUUUUGUACGAAUUAAUUGCCGUGGUAUAUGGCGUUGUGUAACGUUGUAUUUGUUGAUCUACGCCGGGUUGAGGCACAUAACCAAUAAAUGAUGUCACUAUAUAAAG